AUGGAAGCUGCACAUUUUCUCAAAGGGACGAAGAAGCUGCUGGAGGUUUGGUUCUCCCCACAGCAACCCAGCACAAUUCAAGGAUCUGGGGACCUUUCUACUAUCCCAAGGUACUUGUAUUUUCUGGAUUUCCCAGAGAGUUGGGUAAUCAGCCAUCUGGAUCAAACCCUGCUGAUUCUGAUGAGUGAACUUGACCCAGCAGUCAUGGGCCAGUUCUAUGUGAAAGUUGAUAUUACUGUAAAGGAUGUCAUUUGUGAGAGUGGAAUUUGUGACCUGAUACUUGGUUCUCUCAUUGAUGCCACACUGUUCAAUCCUUGCAGGUAUUCAAUGAAUGGAAUAAAAUCAUAUAGAAUUUAUUGGACUAUUCACAUCACAGCAGAACCAGAAUUUUCUUAUGUUAGCUUUGAAACAAACUUAAGUCCGACCUGCUCUGAUGACCUGAUCAGGAAAGUUGUGCAAGCCCUGACCACCUUAUUUAUUCAUCAGAGUGUUAAAUGUUUCACAGUGCUUUCUUCACUCCAGAAGAUUGAAGAUUUUAAACACCUUGAUUGCCAGAGUGUUAUGUUCAAUUAUCACAAUUUUGUUUUUACCAGUUUUGCUAAGCAGCAGCAACAAUAG